AUGGCUGGCUUGUUAGUAGUAGACAGAGCUGCCAACCAGUUGAAAUCCCUCUCCACCCAAGCUAGCAGAGGGCGAGAGGGUCCUGCCCCGCAGUACAGCUGGAAUAUGGCGGGCCGUGGAGGCGACGUGAUGUUUUCAUGGUCUGGAUCUGCUGCCAGCGAACAAACAUGUUCAGCGGCGUCCGAGGAGCAGAAACUAAAGAAGAGGAGCAAAGCUUUCUCCCUGACCAGGAUGAAGUCCCGCAACAUCUCCGGCAAACAGCUCCAGCAUCAGCCCGCCGUGCACAACAACAACAACAUGCCGUUCACGAUCCACUGCCAGAUCGGGAAAGAGAUCAAACACAUCUGCAGCAACUGCCGGGGAGCCGAGCAGCGGCGCGCUGAAGAGGUGGAAAGGUUGGCAGCGAUGCGCUCUGAUUCGCUGGUCCCCGGCACACACACGCCCCCCAUCCGCCGGCGGAGCAAAUUGGCCACGCUGGGACGUCUGUUCAAGCCCUGGAAAUGGAGGAAGAAGAAGAGUGAAAAGUUCAAGCAGACCUCUGCCGGUGAGAAUCAAAACACAAAAUCACAGAGGAUAAAUGUCUCCCUGUGGUGCCUCUCAACAGGAGCAUGGUGGAUGGAGCUGCAGAGCGGGGGGGCUGCAUCAGAGAUCUAUUAUAUUUGA